UGGUCCUCAGGAAGAAUGCAGGUGUGUUUUCUUCUCCUCCUCCUUAUACAGCUUCAUGUCACUGAAGGAAGAAUGCAGGUGUGUUUUCUUCUCCUCCUCCUUAUACAGCUUCAUGUCACUGAAGGCUGCAGUCUGAAAGGAAAUAGAGACACAGAUUGGAUCACUGCAUACACAGGAGACUCAGUACUGCUGCCCUGCUCCUGCACUGAGCUCCACAGAAAACCUGAGACAUUCACAUGGAAGAAAAGAACAGAUGAAAUUAACUGGGCACAGAUAUCUCCUGAGAGUGAUGAGUACAAAAAGAGAUUUGAGCUGGUUAAUGAUCACUCUUCAGGAAAUCUCUCUCUGCUCAUAUCACACCUGACUGAACAGGAUGGAGGAGAUUACAGCUGUAGUGUUAAUAGGGAUGAAUACAGAUACAUCAGUCUCACUGUUAAAGGCUGCAGUCUGAAAGGAAAUAGAGAGACAGAAGAGAUCACUGCAUACACAGGAGACUCAGUACUGCUGCCCUGCUCCUGCACUGAGCUCCAAAGGAAACCUGAGAAAUUCACAUGGGAGAGAAAUACAGAUGAAAUUAACUGGGCACAGAUAUCUCCUGAGAGUGAUGAGUACAAAGAGAGAUUUCAGCUGGUUAAUGAUCACUCUUCAGGAAAUCUCUCUCUGCUCAUAUCACACCUGACUGAACAGGAUGGAGGAGAUUACAGGUGUGAUGUUAAAGGGGGUGAAUACAGAUACGUCAGACUCACUGUUAAAGGCUGCAGACUGAAAGGAAAUGGAGAGACAGAACAGAUCACUGCAUACACAGGAGACUCAGUACUGCUGCCCUGCUCCUGCACUGAGCUCCACAGCAAACCUGAGACAUUCAUAUGGGAGAAAUACACAAAUAAGUGGACACAGAUAUCUCCUGAGAGUGAUGAGUACAAAGAGAGAUUUCAGCUGGUUAAUGAUCACUCUUCAGGAAAUCUCUCUCUGCUCAUAUCACACCUGACUGAACAGGAUGGAGGACUUUACAGGUGUGAUGUUAAAGGGGGUGACUACAGGUACAUCAGUCUCACUGUUAAAGGCUGCAGUCUGAAAGGAAAUGGAGAGACAGAAGAGAUCACUGCAUACACAGGAGACUCAGUACUGCUGCCCUGCUCCUGCACUGAGCUCCACAGAAAACCUGAGACAUUCACAUGGAAGAAAAUUACAUAUGGAAAUAACUGGACACAGAUAUCUCCUGAGAGUGAUGAGUACAAAGAGAGAUUUCAGCUGGUUAAUGAUCACUCUUCAGGAAAUCUCUCUCUGCUCAUAUCACACCUGACUGAACAGGAUGGAGGAGUUUACAGGUGUAAUGUUAAAGGGGGUGAAUACAGAGACAUCAGACUCACUGUUAAAGGCUGCAGUCUGAAAGGAAAUAAAGAGACAGAAGAGAUCACUGCAUACACAGGAGACUCAGUACUGCUGCCCUGCUCCUGCACUGAGCUCCACAGAAAACCUGAGACUUUCGCAUGGGAGAAAAGAAAAGAUGAAAUUAACUGGGCACAGAUAUCUCCUGAGAGUGAUGAGUACAAAGAGAGAUUUCAGCUGGUUAAUGAUCACUCUUCAGGAAAUCUCUCUCUGCUCAUAUCACACCUGACUAAACAGGAUGUAGGAGUUUACAGGUGUAAUGUUAAUAGGGAUAAAUACAGAGACAUCAGACUCACUGUUAAAGGCUGCAGUCUGAAUGAAGAGGCAGAAGAGAUCACUGCAUACACAGGAGACUCAGUACUGCUGCCCUGCUCCUGCACUGAGGUCCACAUCAAACCUGAGACAUUCACAUGGGAGAAAUACACAUAUGGAAAUAACUGGACACAGAUAUCUCCUGAGAGUGAUGAGUACAAAGAGAGAUUUCAGCUGGUUAAUGAUCACUCUUCAGGAAAUCUCUCUCUGCUCAUAUCACACCUGACUGAACAGGAUGGAGGAGAUUACAGGUGUGAUGUUAAAGGGUAUGAAUACAGAGUCAUCAGACUUACUGUUAAAGGCUGCAGGCUGAAAGGAAAUAAAGAGACAGAACAGAUCACUGCAUACACAGGAGACUCAGUACUGCUGCCCUGCUCCUGCACUGAGCUCCACAGCAAACCUGAGACAUUCACAUGGAAGAAAUACACAAAUAACUGGACACAGAUAUCUCCUGAGAGUGAUGAGUACAAAGAGAGAUUUCAGCUGGUUAAUGAUCACUCUUCAGGAAAUCUCUCUCUGCUCAUAUCACACCUGACUGAACAGGAUGGAGGAGUUUACAAGUGUGAUGUUAAAGGGGAUGAAUACAGGUACAUCAGACUCACUGUUAAAGGCUGCAGACUGAAAGGAAAUGGAGAGAGAGAAGAGAUCACUGCAUACACAGGAGACUCAGUACUGCUGCCCUGCUCCUGCACUGAGCUCCACAGCAAACCUGAGACAUUCACGUGGGAGAAAAUAACAGAUAGAAAUAACUGGACACAGAUAUCUCCUGAGAGUGAUGAGUACAAAGAGAGAUUUCAGCUGGUUAAUGAUCACUCUUCAGGAAAUCUCUCUCUACUCAUAUCACAGCUGACUGAACAGGAUGGAGGAGUUUACAGGUGUAAUGUUAAAGGGGAUGAAUACAGAUACAUCAGACUCACUGUUAAAGGCUGCAGUCUGAAAGGAAAUGGAGGGACAGAAGAGAUCACUGCAUACACAGGAGACUCAGUACUGCUGCCCUGCUCCUGCACUGAGCUCCACAGAAAACCUGAGACAUUCAUAUGGGAGAGAAUAACAGAUGGAAAUAACUGGACACAGAUAUCUCCUGAGAGUGAUGAGUACAAAGAGAGAUUUCAGCUGGUUAAUGAUCACUCUUCAGGAAAUCUCUCUCUGCUCAUAUCACACCUGACUGAACAGGAUGGAGGACUUUACAUGUGUGAUGUUAAAGGGGGUGAAAUGAGAUUCAUCAGUCUCACUGUUAAAGGCUGCAGUCUGAAAGGAAAUGGAGAUAUGAAACAGAUCACUGCAUACACAGGAGACUCAGUACUGCUGCCCUGCUCCUGCACUGAGCUCCACAGAAAACCUGAGACAUUCACAUGGAAGAAAAAUACAUAUGGAAAUAACUGGACACAGAUAUCUCCUGAGAGUGAUGAGUACAAAGAGAGAUUUCAGCUGGUUAAUGAUCACUCUUCAGGAAAUCUCUCUCUACUCAUAUCACACCUGACAGUAGAGGAUGGAGGAUUGUACAGGUGUGAGAUCGGGGAAAUGACUACAGACAUCUACUUUACAGUGAAAGGGGCACCAACAAGACCUUCAUCAUCCACACCAGUGAUCACAACAACUUCACCUCAUUCCAGACCAGGGACAAACUCAGAUCCUCUCAACACCACCAUCAUCAUCUGUACUGCUGUUGGGGUUCUGCUGCUGCUGCUGAUACUCGGAGGGGUCGUCUACUGGAAACACAGAGUACAGAGACGACGACAGAUCGAGAUCGAUGAUGGACAAGCAGGACAGAAGAAGAAGCAGAAUGAUUCUGAUGUUCUGUACACCGCCAUGGAUCCAAAAACUGAACACAACAAAGAGGAAGAACAGGAUGGUUUGCUGUACUCGACUGUAGUCCACAGUAACACUGUGAGAGCAGAACACGCUCCAGUGGCAUCAGAAGAAGUUACAGUAUACGCCAGCAUCAAAACUAACUAACUCACACACACACACACACGCCAGCAUCAAAACUAACUAACUCACACACACACACACACACACACACACACACACGCGCGCGCACACACGCGCGCACACACACACACACACACACAAAGAAACUAUAAAGAUUACACGUUUUUAAGGCAUGCUUGAUAUAAUAUGAUUCCUUUAGUUCUGUACACAGCUGUAAAAGUGACAAAAGCGCUCAGCUUUAGAUAUAACAAACUUUUCUAUUCUAAAUUCUUUCAAAAAUAAAUGACAGAAGCUGAAAAGUUCA